AAUGUCAACAAUUUAUUUGGGAUUUAACAAAGAAAAUGUAACAUUCAAAAUUAGUUUAAAAAAAACUUGAACAAGGAAAUGUAACAUUCAACAUCAAUACAACCUCCAGCUUUCCUCGUGAGUGCCCGGUUUGUUUACAUGAUGUGGGCGCAUCUGUCUGCGUCACACAAAUACCCGGCGGAUUUACUGACGCAAAUGACGUUUAGAAAUGUUCAGCGUAGUGUCCGAAUUCACGUUCCCUAUUCCCUAUAUAGUGCACUAUAUCAUGUACACUAUAUAGGGAAUAGGGAACGAGUGUAUAGGGAACGUUUUCGAACACAGCUCUACUGUGAAACGUACAACCCGGAAGUGCAUGCCGUUCUAUUUCCCCGGGUGUUCUACAUUCACGACUGCUUCCGAGUUCAAUCAAAAGUUGGUCAAGUCUUUCAAUUCUCGAUAUAUUUUAAUUUUUUGAAUAUGACACAGAUAUUCACAUUAAUAACACACAGCAAAAUCGGAUUCCGUGGUUAACGUGAAAGCUUAUGCUAAUAUCGACCAUAUCAUCGUAAGACGCAUCCUUGUCGUUCGAAGUCAGUAAAACCCCCAAACUGCUGGAGUCUCUCAAAACCUUAUGUCGUUCAGCGCGGUCCAAGCGGCUCUAUCAGGGCUUAGGUCAUGCCAGGAGGAUGUCGGGACCAAUAUGGACAUGUUGACAUAUGUGGCCAUGGACCUGGUGGAGUCCCACGAGACGGAGCACAGCAGCAGCUUGGAGACGCUCCAGGCCAUGAUCCUGGAGAGUGCCGAGCUGGAACGAGAGAUUAACUGCUUCUCGAACAUAGUUGAGCAUCUGAACUCGGAGGUCAGCCAACUGCCGCCUGAGGCCUUGUUCAGCCUGUCGGAUCGCGUGAAGGAGCAGUAUGAAGCCAAGAGGGCCUCCCUGUCCAAGGCAGAGCUGCACAACCAUCAGAAGGUGAUUGCCUUCAAAGAGGGGGUUGGCAGCGCUCUCCAGCCAGAGAAUGGAGAGGAGGCAGAGAACCAGGAUGAGGACAUCGCUGUGACACAGAGAUUCGUCAACUUCACCUGCCCGCUCACACAGGUGGAGAUGGAGAAUCCCAUGAAGAACAAAGUGUGUAACCACCACUACGAUGAGGGGGCUAUUCUGGCCAUGAUCAAAGCAAGGCACAAGCAGCACAAGAAAUUCCGUUGUCCGGUGGUGGGCUGCGGGAACAUCAACGUGAUCCAGGCAGACCUGGUCCCAGACCUGUUUCUCAAGAGGAGGAUCCAGAAAAGAAACGCUAGCCAGGUGUAGCGGAACCCGUCUGUUGGACAAGAAAAGUUAGUUAUGUUUUAUACUUGUUGAUUUGUUAAUAUACACUGUUCAUUUACAGAACUGGGUCUUAAUUUGAUAUAGUUGGCAGUAUUGAUUCUACGUCUAGUAGUUUUCAUGUCAACGUGCAGUACACUUGGAGAACCACAGGGAGGCGGUCUUUGAAUUUGAAUUUUCUUUGUUCCUUUGAAUAAAAGCCUGUUGGAAAAGCCGAUGGAAGUGGAAAUUCAAUUGAUUUGAGUG